AUGAAAUUAAAGAGUUAUUACUUUUAUAUAGAUAUAAUAUUAUUAAUAUUUAUUUUAUAUUUGAAGAGAUGUUGUAAAGGAUAUGUUUUGAAUGUAAACGUUGUCGAUAAAGAUGACUUAUUUGUUUUUUUGUAUAAAAAUGAACAUUUACUAGCUUCAAGUUAUUAUAAUUUAAAGCCCUCCUAUUUCUUUUCUUUCGACGAAGGAGAAAUCAAUAUUAAUAUGAAUAUUCAUUUCAAGAAAAAUACAUAUAUCAAGAAAAAACACUUAAGUCAAGAAGUCCAAGCCAAGUCAAAUCUAAAUUCAAUAAAUAUAUUAACACACUUUAAUAUAAAUGAAGAAUACCUUCAAAAAUAUAAUUUUAAAAAGGAUUAUAUAUCAAAAGAGAUAUCUACAACAUAUGAUAAUAAUAAUAAUAAUGAUAAUAAAGACACUUAUGAUAUAAUUAAAGAAAAAUAUGAUGAUGAUAAAAACCCGAAUGAUAUUACUUGUGAGGAAGCUAGUGAUAAAUUAAUAAGUAAUAAUUUAGAUGAAGAAAAUAAAUCUAAUAAUUUAUUCUUAGUUUUAAUUACAGCAGAUCAAUGGCUUAAUUAUAUAAGAUUAAAAAAUAAAUUAGAACCUUCAUUACAUAAUGAUGAGAAUUAUAUUUUUACUUCUCAUUUUAAUUGUAUAAAAAGAUAUCCUUUAGAUGAAGGAAUAAUUAAGAAAACUAUAAAAAUAGAACAGAAAAAUAGAUACAUGUUAGUUUUAAUAAAUAAUAACAAAUUAAGAAUUACAUUAAAAGGAAAUGUUGUUUUUUAUGAUUAUAAAACCAAACAUCUAUCAUAUGAUUUCCUUUUUAUUCCUAAUGUCCUAUAUUUUACUACUAUCGUGUUGUUAGUAUUGGUUAUAAUCAUUUCUUUAUAUUUCUUGAGAUAUAGAGAAAAAUCAGAUAUAUUUAUGGUUCUUAACAUGAUUUUCUUUUUAUUGUCAACAUAUUUAAAUUAUAAAAAUAUCAAUUUUAUAAAAGAAAUGGGUUAUAUGUACAUGUAUUACUGGAUACCAGCCAAUAUCUUAAAGAAGAUGCAAGAAAUUGUAACAUUUAUUAUAUAUUUGCAAGUAUCUUUAGGUGAUAUGUAUAUAAGAACUCAUUUAAGCAGAAUAGAGAUACAAUUUAUGAUAUGUUUUUCAGUCAUUUCAUUUUACACGGGACUCUUUGAAGUAUUUUUAGGAAAUUUUCAAGCUCCUAGAUAUAUUUUACAAGCUUUUGCAUAUCUAUUUAUUUUUAUUGCUAUUAAUUUCACUUCAACAUUUCUUUCAGCUCGUUUGGCAGAGGAAAAUUUAUCAUUUCAUGUAGCUGAAUUGUAUAAAAAAUAUGAUAUUUACAAAAAAUAUAGGUUAAUAUUUUUUGCUGUAAUAUUGAAACCGAUAUUGUUAAUUAUUUACAAGGUUUUGUGUUUAUCACCUUCAAAUAUUGAUUUAUAUAGCUCCCAUGAAUUUCUAUAUAUAUUUUUUGAUAUCAAUUUUGAUAUUAUUGUAUAUGUAUUG